UUCGUCUCUAAUCAUCUAUGAGCUUAACUUUUCAUAUAUCAUAUUUUUAUACAAUCUUUAUUCCGAGCUAAAUUCGUGACUUUGAAUUCCCGAAACCCUCAUUGCAUUUUCACGUUGUUCAGGCUGCUCGCGGGUAGAUGCGCCUGAGUUGCUCCCCUGCAACGAUUGAGCAGCGAAUAUCUCUUUGGGUAGGAUUGAUCGGGGGCGGCUUCAUGAGUGUUAGAGAAUCUCCAUUGGGCCGUCGUCCAGGAUCGCUUGGAUGCACCCUCUAAACCCUUUCCUCCGGGCCUUCUUCCGAAGCACUGUGCCGGGGCAGUGUGUGCCAAUUGAGAAUCAUGUCCUCCUUGUUCCUGUGGUUGACUCUUUAAUCGGAUCGCGCGACCGGGAAUCGUCUCUAUUCUACUCCGAUCUCGUCGUCUCAGAAGAAUUCUUAGGCAGCCACACUCUGCGGAUACCCAUCUCGAACGGGGCCAUAGGAGGAAAGGAGGAUUCUAACGUCCGCGAUAGCCGGGGCAAGGCUAAGCAGGUGACUACUGUUAAUGGGAGAACUGUGAUAAUCAGGGAGAAUUCGGUAUACAGUAAUAAAGGCUUCAAGUCGCUGAGCCAGGCCCAGCUCCUAUCCGAUGCGUUGUACUACGCUCCAAGCAAUGAAUCCCAGCCAUGGCUCAUUUACUUUAUCUCUCGGCCUUUGAUCGGCUCCUUUGAACCUGCGAAAAUCGUCCCCGCUAUCGUGCCCGGAACACUUAUCAAACAAGAUCCCCCCAAAACCGGUAAUAAAUCUGGAGAGUCGCCUGGGGGAUCGACCUCUUCCCCACCGAAAAAGGAAAUUAGGACAUUUGGAGAAUUGCUGGCCCAUUUCCCCAUGAUUGCAAGACAGAUGCAGCCAGGUUUAGAGAGGCUAUUCCGCGAAUUCGGGAAAGAACUUGGGAAACCACUGCCGCCCCCACCAUCGCGGUCGCCCGUGUCAGACGACGAUGAGCAGUUACACACCCGUGAGGAGGUUUUUGCUGACGAAGCUGCUUCAAUCCGCAGCUCAUCGUCACGCCGCCGGGAAGGACUUCCCUUCAACUCUGAAGAGUACUUCGAAGAUGAUGAAGAUCUGAUGCGUCGGAGUCUAGAGACAGCCGUCACCGCCGCGAUUGAUUUAUUCCGGUUGGUGGACAAGCAACAACUAUCGUUUCUUGGGGCCACCACUGAUCUUACAGGACCGUUGGUUGAGCGGUUGAUCGAACGUUAUGUAGCGGAGCAGGUUCAUGAGUCCCUUCUUUUCCCUCGUUUAUGCAGCUUCCGCCAGCCUGAAGAUGCAGAACUAGAUUCUAGAAUCCGCCAGAUGGAGUACGUUGACGUAUCCCAGGUUGGUCUUGCUGUCGAAGGAGGAAAAGAUGGGAAACGUGAACUGUUACGCCGCCUCGGCAAUGCAGUGGAAGAAUUUCGGAAAGUACUCGACGCAAAAUGUCCCCAUGACAUGCUCAACACGCUUCUGGAGACAGUCAAAAUCCUAUCGUAUCCUGGUGACCAUGGGAAAGCCGGCCCAAACAACUCCGAAAAGCAGCCGGUUCCGGUCUUGGUCAAUGCUGAUAUUCUGGUCUCACUCCUACUGAUCGUAGUGAUAAGAUCUCAAGUCAAGCAUCUACAGGCACGGCUAUUAUAUAUGCAGCAUUUCAUCUAUAUCGACGACGUUGACAGCGGGGAGAUGGGCUACGCUUUGAGCACCUUUGAGGCAGUCUUGACAUACUUGGUGACCGAUUCUGCGGGCCUUCGCAGGGCCAGCAUCCGAAACAAACGGCUUUGGAAUGCGACAAAAUCCGGGCGUAUAAUUGAUAUGAAAGCUAUUCUGGAGCCAGAUGGAGAUCAGGAAUCAUUAUACAACAACCCUUGUGAUCCCGACCUGCGUGCAGACGAGGAUGUACAACCCGACCAGAUGCAUUAUGGAUCACUAGUACCUCCCGUCCCAACAGAUUUGGAAGAUUCAGCUGAACCACCCCCACUUGCUCAUGUAUUCCCAUUUCAGACGUGGAAAGACUCCUCUCCGCCGCGAGAAACGAGACGACCCAUCAAAAGAGUGUCGAUGGAUGUUCGCAGUCUUUCUGAGUCAUCUGGUAUUUCGCUACUCUCGCGGACGACGACCAUGAACUCAAUCAGUAGCACAAUCGAAGGGGACAGUUCAAUCGAAACAUUGACCAAGACCCAGGAUCCUGCGGGCGAUUCGAUCUUGAUGAUGGCGGUGGAAAGUCGCCAACCUGAGGCUUUGAGAUAUCUACUUGGUUUGGACGAGUAUUACUCGGUGAUGGAUAUCCUUGAGGAUACAAACACCGAAGGGACUACUUUACUCAGCGCUGCCGUCCAGCUGGCCAAUACCGAAAUGGUAGACAUUCUGCUUAACUAUCUUGAGGAGGAGGCCGAUGAAAGUGUCAUUGCUUCUUAUUUGAGAAUGUCUGAUGUGCACGGGCGUACCGCCGCCCAUUACCUAUUCAGCACGCCUUCUGUAAUGCACAGGCUGAAACAGAUACUUCCGUGGCGCCAACGCGAUAAGCACGGUCAGACGCCACUAUUUGCUCUCUGCAGGUCCUAUGACCAUCCUGACUACAACGCAAUGGUAAAUGAGGCACUCACGGCCGCUCAAGAAUCUCAAGAGGAUGGUAAGCCCUUACACCUGGAUGACCAUGUUGAUGCGAAGGGCAACACCCUAUUACACAUUGUCAGCGAUCCUGAGAUCACCAUUCGAAUUCUAAGAGAGAGCGAUUGUGACCCGAAUGCGACGAAUGACAAAAGAUUUACACCCUUGAUGAUGGCGAGCAAAUACGGACGCGUAGACCAAGUACGGAUCCUCUUUUUGGAUUCCAGGGUGGAUGUACAUCUCAAAGAAGCCCGUGGGUUGACAGCUGUCGAACUUGCCAAGGACGAUGAAGUUCGAAACCGCAUCGAUGAUCUGAUUCUGCUCUCCAAUCCCCCGUCGACCCACGAUGAGCCUUCGGGCCGGGUCACAACUGUGGUUCGCUCUUUUUUCGUCGAGGAUGCAACCGUCCGGUUUGUCCUCAAAUCAGGCGCACCUAGUCUGCCAACAAAUCCCGAUGCAGUUCCUGAAAAUACCACCACUUAUACAGUCACGACUUGUCGCCGCACAUUCUCUGACUUUGAGAAUCUGGCCGAAUGUCUCUCUCUUGAGCACCCUGCUUCUUACAUGCCAUCCCUAUCCGACUUCCGGAGCCCUUUUCAAGUUCACUCAAAGCCGUCCCGCUCUGUCCUUCAUGAUAUGCAGGAAAAAUUAGAUAGAUUUUUGAAGACUUUGCUGUCCCAUCCGACUUUUGCAACACAUGAGAUGCUGUGGGAAUUUUUUCUCGUUCCGGAACUACAACCUGAGAUGAUGAUGGACAGAUCCCACCGCAAGGCCCAGGUUCUCUCGGAAUCCAUUGUGGAGGACUACGAGCCUAUUACUACGGAAGGGAUACGGGAGACGGAACAGUUCAUUUCUCACGCGCAGGACAUGGUCCGCGCCUCCCACACGCAUACCCGUAGCUUAAUCCGCCGAGGCCACGCUCUUCAAAAUGCCGCGUCAGAUAUUGCUGAUGCCGUUGCCCUUUGCUCUUCUGCCAUCUCAACUCUCAAGGAACCCACCAACGCUCUCCCUAAAUCCUACCUUGAUGCAUUCUCUCGCUAUGCGACUUGUCUGUCAACCUCGUCCUCGGAUUCCUCUCCACUUCUCCAGUUCCUUGCUUCCCUCACCUCUGUUGACAACACCACCUCCGCGAUUCUUUCCUCCUUAUCUCGCCCUGUGUCUCUUAUCUCGACACUGAACUCCGCCAACCGGAACCUAUCUAGAUUCCGUUCCUCUCUUGCUUCUUCAUCACUGCCCCGAAAGUUCAACCUUAAUUUCCCGGGGCUAGAAGAGUCGCGGCUCAAAUCCGUCCGUGAUCUUGAGCAUAAAAUCCGUGACUCGGAAACGCAGAUCUCGCGCCUCUCGCGCGAGAUUUCAUGGAACAAAGAUGUGGUCGUUGGCGAGCUGGCCGGCUGGACGUCCUGGCGCGAGAAGAUUGGACGCGACGCGAUCCGGUCCUUUGUCAGGACCACUCUUACUCGGGAGAAGGAACGAGGGAAACGUCUUGAGCGCUGCUUGAGAAAUGUACGCGAGAAGAACGUCCCUUCAACCCAAUCAUAGAUAGAUAUAUUCAUUGUAGACUUAGCCUCCCCCCCCUGUACUUCUCUUUUCUUGGCAUAUUUCUAUUUUGUCAGGCUUAAAAAAAAAAAAACACCCUCUUUUUUACUCUUUACUUAGAUAGGUAGUUAGUGAGUGAGUGAUCCUGACCUGAUGACUAUUCUUAAUUGCCACUGUUAUGAUGAUGACGAUAUGGAAAGAAUUCAGGAGAUUUAACCAGAACGAUGUCCCUGGAUCCAAUACAUAAAGACCGUGUCUAUCGACGUACGGCAAUCAUUAAUCUAGCAAAU